CGCGCAAGCAUGCGUGUUGGUUGACACGUCAAAUUGUGUCAAUUUACUCGUGUCUCGCUGCAUCGCUCGCGCCAAUAUGGCUUUAAAUCGUCAUUCCUAACAUUAACGCGACGCGUUUAUCGGCGUCGUCGCGAUUCCGAUUUCAUCUCGAUCAUUUCGCAACUGUAGACACAUCAAACAUACGUAAAGUACGGCCUUUGUUUCGCGACCAAGCGCGAAGGUUAGGAUUUGUUCGGGUCAAGGAUAGGUCGUCUCUUUUUUCCUUGUAUUUUUGCAUUUCUCGUAAUCGGGUUGGAGUCAUCGCGCGACCGAUUACGAGAAUCGACCCAAGGAAUAAUCGUGCGAUGUGGUGAUCUUUUCGAACCCGGAUUUCGAGAUUCGAGAGGAACCUGAGAGAAAUGGCCAAAUUCAGGAUGUUGCCACGCACCUCGCGCAUCGUGGCACUCUGUUCCGCCGCAAAUUUCAUAAACGCCGCGGACAGGGUCAUCAUGCCCAUCGCCAUCGUUCCCAUGACCGAUGAGUUCAAGUGGAAUCUGUACUGGCAGGGAUGGAUCCUCUCGGCGUUCGCUUUCGGGUACUUUACCAGUCAGAUCAUCGGUGCAAGUACAGCGAGUCGCUUCGGCUGCAAGACUGUACUCAUGUUGGCAGUUUUGUUGUGGUCCAUUAGUACGGUUGUCACACCUUUGCUAGCACAAUCAGUGCCGUUACUCAUAAUCUGCAGGGUGAUUUUAGGACUCGGAGAAGGAUUGGGCCUACCUGUGAUAUUUCACUUAUUUGCACAUAAUGUUCCUGUGGAAGAGAGAUCGCGCGCUUUUGGUUAUCUUGUAGCUGCUGGUUCUGUCGGUCAAGUGGUCGCAUCUGUUAUAUGUCCACACUUGGCAUGGCAAACUGGAUUUUAUCUGUUUGGAACGAUAGGUAUUCUGUGGACUUUGUUAUGGCUGAUGCUAUAUCAAGAAACUAACUCUCAAGAUGAGAUACCAUUAUUUGUUCCUAAGGUAGCUCAAAAUAGAAGUUUACGUUGGACCGAGUUUAUUGCUCAUUGGCCAUUGUGGGCUUUAUAUAUAGCACACUUUGCAAUGAACUGGAGUAAUUAUAUAAUAAUGCAAUGGCUGCCAACGUACUUGGCAAGAAACUUAUCUGCAAACAAGGAGAGCAUCAGUUUGACAGCACUUCCUUACAUUGUCAAUUCUCUCGUUGGUAUUGUUGCCGGUCACAGUGCUGACACUUUGAUACAAAAACGAUGGUCCGUUUUAUCCGUUAGAAGAUUGAUGACUAAUAUAGGCCUAAUAGGACCUGGUGCAUUCCUAUUAGCUUUCUGUGCUGUGGACGAUUUGCUUGCAGCAGUGGUCUUUGUCUCGAUAUCUAUGGGCCUUUGCGCGUGCAAUUCUGCUGGACACCUAAGUAAUCACGCAGAUAUAGCUCCGAAUCAUGCGGGAAUUACAUUUGCAGUUUCAAAUACAAUUGCAACAGUACCUGGAAUUCUAUGCGGUCCGUUGACGGCCGAAUUAGUAACUGCCUCGCAUGGUUGGUGGAUGCCUGUUUUCGUGCUGGCAGCAGCAAUCAAUUUCACCGGGGCUAUAAUAUACCAAAGCCACAGCUCGGCACUUCCAGUGUUGUGAUAUGCUCUUAGCCAACAAUUAUACAUCAUUAAAGCGAGAAGAAUAAUCAAGUGUUUAUUGAAGACAAUGCAAAAAUACACGUUUACAUUAGGAUCAUUGUAAACUGUUUUCAGUCUUGCAACUGUGAACGAUUACAACAAGUGCGACGGAUUGAUCGUGGCAUAUUGGACGAAAACAUAUCAAGGUGCUUUAUUUAUAUUUAUAUUAAAUCUUAUAAUAUUUGGAAGUGUGAUUUUAACAUAGUGCCAUAGUUAGUCUGAUGAACAGAGAAUGGAGUUGGUUUGAAGAAUUAAUUGAAAACUAUGUGGAAAAUACGCUUAUACAUAUUUAUGAAACUAUAAUUAUGCAUUUUAAUUUAUACAUGUACUGUAUCAAUUAAGAAUUAGCAGAAAGCAUUUUGUGAUAUGUUCUGAUGAAGAGCGUAAAUUUUAGUUUUGCAGUGUUAGGAUAUAAAAUGUAUAUUCUAUAAAACAUAAGACUGUACAUAUAAAAAAAAUUUAACUCUUUCACAUUUAUAUAUUUAUAUUAUUUAAAGGACAGAGAUACGAUUUAUUCACCUAUGUUGGCAUAAAAAACCAAGACAUAACAAAAUUCAUGAAAUAUUGAAAUUACAAAAUUUAAAAUAUAAUUUAAAAAUAUUUUUAAAAGCAGAAAAAUAUGAAAGAGUUAUCUGAUUACACGUCAUACACAUACAUGGAUUAUAAAGAAAAAUUCUUUUUCAAGUAUUCCGAUUGUAAUAUUUGCGACAAUUUGUCUCUCGAUAAAUUUUUUUCUAAAAUAUUAAAUCCCAUUUUAAUGAA